AUGGAUUGCGACAAACGAUUCACACGGAAAUCAUCGCUAAUUGAACACAAAAAUGCCGUUCAUUUGAAACUCAAACCAUUUGUUUGUAAUGAAGUUAAUUGCGGUCAAGAAUUCUUCCAAAAAUCACAUCUCAAUCGACACAAACAUGGUGUCCUUCUCGUCAAACACGAGAACCCCAUCGCAGGCCUUCUUUUCGUCGCUAUAUAUUCCGGGAAACAUUUCGGUGCACUUAUGGUAAUAGUGACAGUCCUUGGGGUCCCGAACCAGCCCCUCCUUUGUGCAUAUGGUUCCGGGGGCUGGUGUGGGCUGAGUGGGGGCAGAGCGCAUUUGAUAGGCAGCGAGCCGUGCAAAGUGGUCGUCAGCUUUGAAGUAAUAGAGGGCCCGAACACAACACAAGAGUUUGACUGUUGGCUUAAAGCCAUGCAUGAGUUUCGACAAAGUGAACGGACCAGGAUCAAUUACACCGAUGCUAAUUAUAAACUGGCUGAGUUACAGUGGGCACAGAGCAGUGUACUACAGCCGCAAAUGAUGGCUCACGACCGAGACUUUUAUGAUUACACUACACAUGAAUAUACUGUCGAUAAAUAUGCUAAUCGUCUGAAACAACGAUACGGUGGCAUCGAUUCGGUGUUGAUUUGGCCGAAUUACCCCAAUAUAGGUAUUGACAACCGGAAUAUGGACGAUAUGAUCAGAGAUAUGCCCCAUGGAAUCGAUGGACUUAAGAAAAUGUCAAACUCUUGUGUUGUGUUCGGGCCCUCUAUUACUUCAAAGCUGACGACCACUUUGCACGGCUCGCUGCCUAUCAAAUGCGCUAUCCUGUUCCUAAUCACGAUGUCACAUUUAGAUCAUGCUUAA